AUGGGUGACAAAGAUGCUGCAACACCCUUGCCUCUUGUAGACACAGCCCAAACAGCCCCAUUUCUUCCUUCCUCCUUUGAGAGUCCCAAUAUCCAACUCCCUAUUGCCAAACUUGAGAACCACAACUAUUUGGAUUGGUCCUGGUCCAUGAAAUUGAUUCUCCGGUGUAGGGGAAAGAUGGGUUACAUCAAUGGUAGUAUACAGGCUCCUCUUCCGACUGAGCAAGGAUAUCCCAAGUGGGACUCUGAGAAUUCCCUGGUGAUGGCCUGGCUUCUUUUCUCCAUGAAGCCUGAGAUUGGAAGAAGAUUUAUGGGCAAGAAGACUGCCAAGGACAUUUGGGAUAGUGUGGCUCAUAUUUUUGAUCGGGUUGGGGACUCUACUAAGGUUUCUUUCUUCUUUUUAUUCGUUCUCUUGUUUUCCUCCUCAUCUUCUUCUUCUUCUCAUCAAAUUAUAAUUAACUCCACAUCAGAAUUUCAGGGUUACACUGCAAUAUCAGAGUUUAGACUGUUUAAUAGAAGAACUUUAUUUGAAUGUCUUGAUCCGAAUCCGUUUCUUGAAUUCAAUAUCAGUGCAGGAAGUAGAUCAGGACUCUCUGAUAAUGAAAAUGUAACAGUUACUGUUAGUGGGGUUUUGGAUCCUACAAAUUCUGAUUGGGUUGCCAUGAUCUCACCUUCUUCUGCCAGUGUUAAAGGUUGCCCUUUGAGUGAAGCAUUCUACAUUCAGACUGGAGAUGUUAGUAAACUACCACUUCUCUGCCAUUAUCCUGUUAAGGCCCAAUUCUUGAGUAAUGAUCCAGAUUAUCUGGGUUGCAAGAAGCAAGAAUGUAAGAGAUACACAAAGGGCAUCUGUGUAUUAAAAACAUGUGUUGGUUCAGUAACAUUUCAUGUUAUUAACAUCAGAACAGCUAUAGAGUUUGUGUUGUUCACUGGAGGGUUUGAAAAUCCUUGCAUUUUUAGAAGAACAGGUUCUGUGAACUUUGCUAAUCCAAAAAGCCCAUUGUAUGGUCAUCUUUCGAGCAUAGAUUCCACUGGAGAAUCGAUGAGAUUGACAUGGGUGAGUGGAGAACAGCAACCUCAACAAGUUCAAUAUGGGGAUGGAAAAUUCCAAAGUUCAGAAGUAACUACUUUUACUCAAAAAGAUAUGUGCAGCAGUAAUACAUUAGAGCCCGAUCGGGAGAUCGAAGUUGAUUCUUCUGCCCAUCUGACCUUAGGAGGGCAGGAUCAGAUUGCUGGUCUAGUCAUUGAAGCGGAUGAGGUUGAUGUUGAAGCCAUAGGUGCAGAUGCAACUCAAGACGAGGCCGUGGAAAGUCAGGGCUCAACCGAUCAUGAUAGUGAAGAGACUAAGUUUGACGAGAAGGUUGCGCAAUCAGAAGGCGCCAAUGCUGUGUCCAAUGUUCUUACUGAGUCGGAUUUGGCUCAUUUAAGGAAGAAGUUCAGGAUCCCAUACUAG